AUGCAUAUUGGGAAGCUGAGGCAGCUUUUUGGGAGUGCAGUGCCUGCUUUCCCUCCAAAGUUUUACCUGGCAAUGACCAAGUCGAUGGCAGAUGAGAGACAGUCUCAGCUGGAGUAGUACCUUCAGAAUGUUGCUUUGAAUUCAAAUAUUACCAAUAGUGAUGUCUUCAUAGGUUUUUUCCAAAAACUACAGCAGGAUACAUUUAAGAUCCAAACCCAGAGAGCCUUUUUGGGUGUUUACCUUGCUGAUGGCAGCAAUAUUAGACCUGAUAUCCAGACAUCAGACACUGCAGAAAGAAUAUUAGAGGUUACAUUGUGCAAGAUGGGGCUAUCAAGAGAAUUAAUAAAAUAUUUUAGCUUAUUUUUAAGAUCUGAUGAUGGAGCACUCUCUGUGGUGAAAAAAGUGUCAGAAUUUGAACUUCUUUAUGUGAGUCUUCAGAGCAUGAAAGAGUUGCACUGUAAGCUGGGGAUCAGAAAGUGGUAUAUGGAUCCUUCUCUUGAUACACUGCUGAUGGAUUGUAGACCUUCACUGAAUUUGCUAUAUAUGCAGGCAGUCCAGGAAGUUAAGAGGAAUUGGGUUAAACCAACAGAAGGGCAGAUGGAACAACUUAAAUUUCUACAAAAAAAUACAAAGAAAGCAAAGCUCCUGGAGUUGAUUCAAGAAAUGCAGUUCUAUGGAUAUGUACGGCUUGAUCCUUGCAUUUGUGACUAUCCAGAAGAAGGCUGCUCAGCUGACGUCUGUGUCAGCAAUAAUGAGAUUAACUGCUGCAUUAAACUGCCUACUAACCAAACCAAAGAGGUCAGCUUUAAAAUCAACAGGUUAAAAAGUUGGCAGGUUACUUUUCUUGGUGCUACGAAGGGUGGUGAAGAAGUCACUCUGGAGCUCAGAUUUUAGUACAAUGAUUCAGGCACAUGGCAGUGGAUAAUUUUAUACACAAAACAGGCCUUUUUGCUCAGCAGCUGCUUGAAGAAAAUGCUAUCAGAACAGAUGAUGAAGGCAGCCAAAGAAGGCCAAGAAAUGGAGAUAAAGAUGUCUGAAUCCAUGAAAAAUGGGCUGGUGGGAGGGUGGUUUCAUAUGGAUACAGGGGAGGACUUCAGCGGGGGUGACGGGGGAGCUGUGGAGGCGGAGAGUGUGGACAGCUUCAAGAAGGAAUUAGAAAAACUCGAGGGGCUGCUGAAAGGACUGGUCAGGGAGGUUGCUGAUGGAACAGUGGUGGCUGCUGGGGUGUGUUUGGGGAAUGGGCUGCAGAAAGCAGCCAGGCUCAUGUGCUCUCCCGAAGAAGGAUCUCCGAUUGCCACUGUUGAAAGCAGAGUGCUGGGUGAGCUGGAUCAAUCUGAUCAAGGACAGCAGUUUUUGUGA